AUGCUAGAGAAACAUAAUUAUUUACUCGAUUUGAAUUUUAAAAUACAUUAAAUACGUAGUAACCCAUACAUUAAAUAUGUCGUAACUUAAAAUAAUAAAUUGUCAAAGUCAUGAAAGAGAGGAUUAUUUUCUCUUUUUAUUUUAACCCAAUGCGUUAUGACUUUGUCUUUCUUUGUCGGCCUGACAAAAGCAGGCCUGUUAACUUUGUAUGGGCAUAAGUAGUCUAUGGACAAAUGUCAUCGAACUCGCCGAAUAACAAACCGGAAAGUUGUGGAAUUUUUAAAACGCUAUAAUAAUAACAGAGUAAACUUGAGAAGUUCUUCGUAGUGACGAGUUUUUGCAGCUAUGAUGAAAUUCUUACCGAUUCGAGCGGCGGGGGUGGUGCACGCCCUUUGCUGCCAAGUUUCCCGCCAAUAUGUACGCGCGAGUUUUAACGGUGGUGCUUAUUUUCACUUGCAUAGGAAGUAUACAAAGUUUCGAUUCAAGAAACGUAGUAUUCACAAUUGUCAGUCAACCAGAGCCGUACCAUGCUAGCGUGGCGAAACGACUUAAACAAGACAUCGAGAGUCAAGUACUGCAGCUGGAAAAUCGGCUUCCAAAAAUCCACAUAACUCACGAAGACUUUCCUGCACCGGGUGCCUGGACGAUCCUUCCGCUGCUGUCGCCCUUAACGACCCUGUACAAGGGAAGUGACGUCAGAUGGGUGCUGUUCGUGGAGACCCACACCGCUGUGAGGUGUCAGAAGCUGAUAGAGGCACUUGCAGCUGCUGAUGAUAAUAAUGACGUGAUGUGGAUAGGCUAUCCACUGAGUGAUGAAGAACCCACGAUAAUACAUCACUUCACCUUCUAUGAGGACUUGGAAGAGGAAGGUGGCUUCAUGUACCCUAACUUUGCCAGCGGGUUCGCAAUGAGGUUGGAGUUGAUGGAAAUCCUCUUAAAACAAAUACAAAGCGGCUCCCGGAGCCUUGAAGCAGACUUCUCAAUAGAUCCAGCCUUCGAGCUGGCUCAGCUUGUGUACGGCGGCGGCAGCGACCCUGGGCCCUUGCUCACUCCAGACCUGAGCUUUUGUAUCGUCUCCGGAGAGAACUGUGCUACAUAUCCCAGACAGUUUGAUAUAUGUGGCAGUGCCAUACCUGAGGACUCGAUAUUCUUCGCUGUGAAGACCUGGAGCGGCUUCCACGCCACCAGGGCGAGGGUCGUGAAGAAGACGUGGGGGAGACACGUCACUAACCUCAUGUUUUACAGUGAUAAAGAUGAUCCGUCACUACCCGCGGUGGACACAGGCGUGCCGAACAGCAAGACAGGGCAUUGUACCAAAACAGUCACUAUAUUGAAGCUAGUACUAAAUCGGAUUAAGGACAUGCCUCACGUCAAGUGGAUCUUCUUGGCUGAUGAUGACACUAUAUUAGGGGUACAAAGGUUGUGCGAGUUCCUGAGUUGUUACCGCGGCGGUAGCGACCUCACGGUGCUCGGAGAGAGGUAUGGCUACGGCUACGGGAAGAGGGAAACCGCUGCUAAAGGCUACGACUACAUAACCGGCGGCGGCGGCACAGUCCUCAGCACGGCGGCGGCGCGCGCGCUGUCCGCAUGCGCGUGCGCCGCCGUGUCCGCGCCCGACGACAUGACGCUCGGCGCCUGCGCACACUACAGGCACAACCUCAGCAUGACGCACUCGCCGCUCUUCCAUCAGGCCCGCCCCCAAGACUACGCUCGCGAAGUCCUCGCCCGCGACCGCCCCGUCUCCUUCCACCGCCACUCCUCACCAGAACCGAUACGAGUGUACUCCACCUGGUUCCAACAUGACGACCUAGCCGUCAAGAAGACCAGGAGAAGAGAUGAGCUGUGAAGAAGAUAAGGCUAGAAUUUUGUGAGUUAGUUGGUCUCCUUAGUGCAAAUUGGAAUGGAUAUAAUUCUUUUUGAGUUUGCAAUAAUGUUCGAAUGUUGAAGGAACUAGGAAUAAUUUGACAUCUUGACUUUUCUAAUUUCACGUAAGUUUUUUUUAUGUCUGACUGUAUUCUGUCUUUCAAAAUUCUUGAUUUUUUUUAUUUUCGUCAAUAUUAGAGGGAAAUUGACGAUUACAUUAUUUUACCUUGCGAUUGAAAUAAAAAGAAAUCUAUAUUUGGUUUAAAUGCUUUUAGCACACUCGAAUAUUUUUUUAUGGAGCAACUUAAUUGCUAAUUAAUUUUAUUGACAAUUAAAGUUUUAUUAGAUAUGUAAAUAUUAAAUGCUUAUAGAAAUAGAUAUAAGAUAGUUUCUCAUUCGUUAAUGUUUUUACAAAUGAACUGUGAUGGCUUUUAACUCUUCAUUAAAACUUGUUCCUGUCGUAUUCAUUAUAUUUUAGUCACAACCUAUCGCCGAAGACUUGGCUACUUAAUAAGACGCUACGCUAUGAACAUGCGUAGUCUUAUCUAGUUAAUAUUAUAAUUACGAUGGGUAGCAAAAGAUGGCUAUAUGACUGAAUUAAAAUAUAUCGUGGUUUCUUAGGUUUACGCGAAUGUUAGACACACACAAAACACGCUUUGAUUAAACCAAUACACAAGAAAAAAUCCAAAACCGACCCAAAUAACUACCGCCCUAUAGCACUGUUACCAACUGCUUCUAAAAUCUUUGAGAAGGCUAUGUGUGACCGCGUAUACUCCUUUUGCGAGAAAUACAACUUACUCGACGAAUGCCAAAACGGUUUCCGUAGAGGCAGGUCUACAACGUUAGCAGUCUACAAAUAUGUACAAGAGGCUCUAACUAUUGUCAACAAUAAAAACUAUGCAGUGGGUAUAUUGCUCGACAUGACCAAAGCCUACGAUAAGGUGAAAUUUAACAUUUUAUUAGACAAGCUACAUGGCAUAGGAAUACGAGGAAAAGCUCAUAAAUGGUUUGCCUCAUAUCUAAAGGAUAGGACACAACUCGUAGAAAUAGAAUACUUCGACCACAAAACAAACUUAAUAACUAAAGUGAGAUCUGAAAGCAAACCAGUUAAGGCGUCUAUUCCCCAAGGAAGUGUGAUAGGUUGUCUUUUGUUCCUUAUCUAUAUUAAUGAUCUUCCUAAAACUAUAAACGGGCCUUGUGUUCUAUUCGCAGACGAUAUCUCCUUGCUUACCUCGUGCCAAACAAACGACAAUAUAAACACCAAAUUAAACUCUCUUCUUUCUACAGCUGUAAACUGGAUGGACAACCAUAACUUAGAAAUUAACUUCACAAAAACUAAAUUAAUCACAUUUCACCCCCAUCAAAAGCCCACCUUAAAACUUAACUUCACUUUUAAUAACAUAAAAAUAGAACAAGUAAACGAAUUUACCCUACUCGGUUUAUCUAUUGAUACCCACAUAAAUUGGAAAUCCCACAUACAAAAAAAUACAAAAAAUUAGAGCAAAAAUGUCAAAAUUUUCAUAUGCCCUACGCGAAAUAAAAAGAACAACAAACCUUCAAACAGCACUUGUUACCUACUACGCAUAUGCCCAAGCAUGGCUCAGCUAUGGAGUCAUGCUGUGGGGUAACAGUACAGACUCACAAACCAUCUUUAUAUUACAAAAAAAGUUAAUCAGGAUAAUAGCAAACAUAGAACAGACAGACAGCUGUAAACCACAUUUUCAAAAACUUAAUAUACUUACACUACCCUGUUUAUACAUUUUAGAACUAUGUAAAUUUGUCAGAAAACAUCAAAAUUACUACACCAGUUGCCAAGAUACACAAAAAAGAUACAAUUUUAGACAUAACAAAAACAAACUAAAUAAACCUCAAUCUCGAAUUAAAAUGCACUCAACUAGCCCCCUAAUUAUGUCCAUUCAAAUCUAUAAUAAACUGCCAAAUGAAAUUAGACAAGAAACUAAAAUAAGCAUAUUUAUUAAUAAAUUAAAAAGAUUCCUCGUAUUAAAGGCAUAUUAUACCGUAAAGGAGUUUCUGGAUGAUAAAACAAUCGUAAAUUUAAAUCAUCCUGCCUAAACAAACCAACAACUAUUGAGAUAUAGAGUAACAACUAUUAUUAAUAUUAUACAAUUAUUCUGCCCUCUUCCUCUCUCCUAAAUUUUUUGCGUGCCCAACAGGGU